GGCGCAUGCGCAGAACGCAGGGCAGUACAGUACGUGGUUGAAGGUAUCCGGAAGUAACUCUCUUCUCUCAGAGGGAGGGGGAGGGUUUAUCAUGGCUGCGGUGCCGCCGCCGACGACCAUUGAGGAGACUGCGGAGUCCCGGCGGCAAGCCUCCAAGCAAGAUCCUGCUGUUGAAACAGCAGAAGAAGCUACAGAACCAGCAGAGGCAGAUAUCAAUGAACUUUGUAAGGAUAUGUUCAACAAAAUGGCUAUUUAUCUAACGGGUGAACUUACUGCUACUAGUGAAGACUACAAACUCUUGGAAAACAUGAACAAGCUGACUAGUUUGAAAUACUUGGAAAUGAAAGAUAUUGCUAUAAACAUAAGUCGAAACUUGAAAGACUUGAAUCAGAAAUAUGCUGGACUUCAGCCAUAUCUGGAACAAAUUAAUCUAAUUGAAGAUCAGGUGGCAGCUUUGGAACAGGCAGCCUACAAACUGGAUGCAUAUUCAAAGAAACUUGAACUGUCCUUGAACUGGGGCAACAGCAGAAGAAGUAAUGGUGCAUUCCAAGCAGCCUAUGUGACUGACCAUUACUUCUGUUACCAGCCCUCUCAUGAGAAGCAAAGUACAAAAAACUGGAGAAACGAUGAAAGAAGCACAUUGUGUAACGAGACUUCUAGAAUACCUGAUUUUUCUUACAAGAAGUCAGAUCAGAUAUCACUGACUUGCUGAGCUUUACAGAAUUUGUGCUGCAAAAAAAUACUCUUGACGAGUUAUGUGCGAGCUCUUGUCUUGGGAGCAGUGAUGGCUGCCCUUAUCUGAGGCUGAAAUGUCAUUCUCUUAUCAGAUAAUAUGUUCCCCUUUACUACUUUUGUUACUUACUUUAUAGAAAGCUGAUACAAAAGCCACUGUUAACUGGUUCAGCCAGUCUGCCACAAACUUUUCCUAUAACUGUAACAGUUGUUGUGCCUGGUUCUCUCUUGGGCCCGAACGUGAUCAUUUCAGUGGUUUGUCAAGCCCUUGUGAGCCCGUAAGCGUCUAUCAUGAAGUGAUUGCCACUAAAAUGCUGUAACCUUACAAUAAAGCAUCCUCCCCUGCUAUGCUUUUUUGAAUAAAUGACAAUGCCUGGAAA